AUGUUAACUCCACUUGAUACAAGAGAUGAUGUUAGUAAAAUUCCAACAGAAUAUUAUUAUACACAUCAACAAUCUCAUCCAUAUUAUUGUUCAUUACCAUUUAAUGAUAAUUCAAAUAAUCUUCAUCAUUAUCGUCCAUCAAUUUAUGAAACAAAUCAUUAUUAUCCACUUUCAAAUCAAGUGAAUUCAAAUACUCAAGUCUCAUCAACAGUUUAUAGACCAAAUUAUCAUCAAGAUUAUUCAUCUGAAGAACAUGGGAAUGAAAUAGUAUAUUCACAAAAACCAUCCACAUAUAAUCAUAAUUUAUCAUCUUCAAUUCCAACUCUUCCAUCAAAUGUAACAUUUCAACAACAUUCAUCUUUUGUUCAAAAUAGUAAUACUAAUAAUGUAGAUUAUUUAACAUCACCAUCGAAUGGAUCUUGUCAAUCGAAUUCUGUUAUUGUUGAGUUAGUUAAUCGACCAUUAUGGAUGAAAUUUGCUUCUCACACACAUGAAAAUAUUAUUACAAAACCUGGUCGUCGUAUGUUUCCAGUUCUUGAAUUCAAAGUCUACGGAUUAAAACCUGAAGUAGCAUAUGAAAUAUAUGUUGAUAUGGUUUUAGUAGAUGUUAAUUAUUGGAAAUUUACUGGUAAAUGGAUGCCAACUGAACAAGCUGAACAAUGUCAAAAAACAAGUCAUCAUUAUUUACAUCCAGAUUCACCAACUAGUGGAGCACAAUGGAUGAAAUAUGAUAAAAUAUCAUUUUCAAAAUUAAAAUUAACAAAUAAUAAACAAUUAACAGCAACUCAGUCGAAAAAUCAAAAUACAAUCAUUCUUAAUUCAAUGCAUAAAUAUAUACCACGUUUAAAUAUUGUAGAAGUUAAUGGAAAGCUGCCUGAUUUAAUUUCAUCAUCCAAUAGAAAUGGUUUAUUACCGAAACAUACAUUUACAUUUCCUGAAACAGAAUUUAUUGCUGUAACUGCGUAUCAAAAUACAGAUAUUACUCAAUUAAAAAUUGAUAAUAAUCCAUUUGCUAAAGGCUUUCGCGACAGUGCUGAUAAUCGAAUGACUUAUAACCCAUAUUCAUAUGAAUCUGGAAAUAAUCUUCCAGUUGAUUAUUAUGAUAAUACAUAUGAAGAUCUACAAGCUCAUAAAAAAAGACGAUACCAAUGA